CGCGCGGCGCUGGCCCCGCCCCUCGAGCGGAAGAUUGGCGUGGGGAGGAAGAUGCUUUGCAGCUCGUCCUUCCAACUGGUUUGUCCCUCCAGCCGGCCCGUAGCGCCCUUGUCCGUCCCCCCGCCCCCCAUCAUGGAAGGAGCUGCGGCCUCCUCCGAAGGCCUGCGCUAUGCCGAGUACGCCAGGGUCCCUACGGGCGCCGGCAAGGGACAAGCCGAGCUGGACCGAGGGCUGGCCAGAACAAUGAUAGCUGUUGGACUUGGUGUUGCAACUGUUGCAUUUGCAGGUCGUUAUGCUUUCCACCUUUGGAAACCAUUGGAGCAGGCAAUUACAGAGACAGCAAAGAGGAUUUCAACUUCUAGUCUUUCAUCAUACUAUAAAGGAGGAUUUGAACAGAAAAUGAGUAGGCGAGAAGCUAGUCUUAUUUUAGGUGUAAGAUGCUCAGGAGGCUGUUGUGAGGUCACCCGCAGUCCUCUCUUCUCCAGGCUGAACAAGCCCUGUUUCCCUCAGCCUCUCCUCAAAGGUCCAUCUGCUGACAAGGCCAAAAUCAGAACAGCCCAUAGAAGAAUCAUGAUUUUGAAUCAUCCUGAUAAAGGUAGAUGCCAGAAGAGCAAUUGGUCCUAAAGCAGUAAUCACUAACAGCCAUGUGAAGAAUGACAGGCUAACCAUGGAAAGUAAUUGAAAUUCAUCUCCGAGAUUGCAUCUAUGGAUUGCACUAUUAAAAAGUAAUUUGUUGCUACAAGCAGUUACUUCCAAAAUAAACCAGUGAGGCCAAAUUUUGCGGCUUGUGUUUAUUAUGCAGCAGCUAGGUCCAAUGGUAGUUACAGGUAUUGGUACGCUGGCAUCAUAGUGAGAUGGAGACAAUGCUCCUUCCAUGAAGGCUGUGUUUGCAAGUUAAGGGUUUGAUCCUGGCAGCCACAGAAGUCACAGAAGCCAACACAUUACUCACACGAGCAGAAAUACAAGGACAGAGCCCACAGACAUACACAAGGAGGGUAAUGAAGGUGGUGAAAGGUUUGAAGCACAAGUCCUGUGAGGAGCAGCUGAAGGAACUGGGGUUGUUUAGCCUGGAGAAAAGGAGGUUCAGGGGAGACUUCAUCACUCUCCACAGCUAUCUGGAAGGAGGUUGUAGCAAGGUGGGUGUUGGUCUCUUCUCCCAGGUAACAAGCAACAAGACAAGAGGAAAUUGCCUCAAGCUGCACCAGGGGAGGUUUAGAUUGGAUAUAGGAAAAAUUUCUUCCCCAGAAGGGUUGUCAAGCAUUGGAACAGGCUGUCCAGGGAAGAGGUGGAACCACCAUCCCUAGAGGAAUUUAAAAGACAUGUAGAUGUGCGGACACGGUUUAGUGGUGGACUUGGCAGUGCCAGAUUUACGGUUGGACUAGUCGUCUAACGACCAGUACACAAGGAGAGCCACUCACAUUCUGAGGCCAUAGCUACAUCCUGACUGUGUGUUGCAAGAAGAUCUGGGCAAACACCAUCAUCUCCAUGUCCAUAGGAAGUAUUGGUAGAUAUGGAUCAGAGCUGUGACUAACAGCAGGGUGAUGCCUGCAUCCACUAAGUAUUUCAUGCAAUCUAUCAUCCUGCAGACCUGUUGUUUAGCACUUAGAAUAGCAUUCACCUGAUCAAAGGUGGCUAUUUCACAGCUGAGCUUCUCACCCUUGACACACUUAGUGGAGAGGCCCUUUCGGGGUUGAUUUCAUUUCAUCCUACAGUAGAUAUUUAAAAGCAAGUCAAAGAAUUUUAUCCUACAGGUAUGUUUUGACUAUGGACUGUAUGAACUGAUGCAUUAAAAACCACUGCACACUGCAGUGUGUUGGCCUCACUUCUGCAGUGGCUACACCUUUUCUGAGUUUAGCAAUAGGGUCAGCCAAUUCCUUUACGAGGCCCUCUCCACUUCCAUGUGGAGACAAAGGGUAUGCUUCAUUGACCAUUCACAUGUUCAUGAAAGUUCAUCUUCAGUGUGACCCAUGCCUAACAACUUUUAGAAGAAUAAGAAAUGGUCUCCUAAAACUCUGCACAGUUUGAUGGCUGUGGCUACACCUGCCUCUUGUUCUGCUUUCUUUCUCCUCAGCUGUAUUUCAGGAUCAUGUAGCAUAAAAUCAGCUGCUAGUCUUUGCCAUUUAAAGCUCUGCUCUUUUUUGCCACAAA